GAGCUGCUUACAGCACGUCACCUGCUAUUUCCCACCCAGCCAGUGCAGGGCUGACACUUCUCACAGGCAAGUGUGUCCCCUGCCAGCAGUCUCCCAGCUUUGCUUUGCACCAGGAAUUACAAUGAAUUUUGCAGCACAGUUUCUCUACUCCAGGGUGUUAAAAAACAGAAGUCCCAGGGAACGCUUCAGGGAAGAUGAAGACUACGACCCUUUCUGGCAAAGGUUGGAGAACAUUGCUGUCUGACUUAGAGCUAGAGCUCUCCUUUAUCCCCCUCAGGGGUCACGGUCAGCCCUUGGGGUCCACCCAGGGCCAGGCCAAUGGACAUGACAACCCCUGGACCCCUCCUGCCUCCUUAUGGUGUCGUAGUUGGAGUUUUGCUUCGCCUCGUUGCUUAUUUAGUCGCUCUGCUGUAUAGUUAUGCUGAGCAGCUGUUCUCGAAAAAGGAUGACAAUAAAAUAAAGAAACAAGAUGUCCCAGGACUUUGUGAUCUUCACCGCUGUAAGGAUGGGUUGAUGAGAAAUGGCCUUAUUGCACAGAAACCACCCUCUAUCAACCCUGAGAGACUGAAGGAUUUUGGUGAGGAGGAUUACCUGAACGGGGAUGUGAAGACCUGGGAAAUGAAGAUAGUAAGCCGAAAUGAGGAGUUACUUACGGAUACCCUUUCCCGCAUCCCUCCGUCAAGCAGUACAACCAUCCUGUCAAGCUGUAACAAGCUGAUUCGAUUUGAAGAUAUCAGUGCAGCAGCCUUCAAAAUCCAGUGUGGUGUUCAAAAAACCCCCUGCAUGUAUUCUAGGCUAUCCAAGCAGUAUGGAAUGGACAUCUACCUGAAGAAGGAGUACCUCCAAUACACAGGAUCUGUGAAGGAACGAGGCGUACUUUACCUUCUGACAUCAUUGCCUCAGGAUCAGCAAAGAAAAGGAGUGAUCGUGGCUUCGGACAGUAACUUUUCCAUGGCUGUUGCCUACCAUGCCUCAGAGCUCCGUAUUCCAGUCUUUGUCAUCAUGUCAACCAGCACAUCUCCGGUCAGGGUGAAAAUGUGCCGUGAGUACGGAGCCAUGGUUAUAUCCUAUGGAACCACAGCUAAGGACUCCCAGAUACACGCAAGGAGGUUGGCGCAGGAGAAUGGUUACCUCUACCUCGAAGAGGAGGAUAGUGCUGUGUACCUGUCAGGCCUGGGGACCGUGGGGCUGGAGGUGUAUGAGCAGGUGCCAAAGCUGGAUGCUGUGAUUUUCCCUGCAGGAGGCCACUGUGGCUUGCUGGCAGGGUCGGCUGCUACACUCAAAUACCUCAACCCACAUAUUUCUGUAAUUGGGGUUGAAUCUGAAAGUUUCCCUGUAUUGCAACAUUCCCUAAAGGCUGGCCACCCAGCUGAAGACCAGGCCUGCAACAAUCAUCACUUUUAUGGAGAUGUGAGUGGAGUUUGCUUUGGCAGCAAUUCUUUGCAGCUGACUGGGAAACUUGUGGAUAAAGUUGUUGCUGUGAGGGAGGAGGACAUCCUCAUUUCCAUGCUGAGAUUGCUGGAGUAUGAGCGAGCCACGGUUGAUGCAGAAGGAGCCAUUGGACUUGCAGCAUUGGUGGCAGGGAAACUGCCUGAGUUGAAGGGUAAAAGAGUGGCAGUUGUUAUAUGCAGUGGAAACCUGGAAUUACAUUUGCUGCAACAGUGCAUAGCUCGUGCCCUGACCCUUGACAACACGGUGUGCAGAUUUUCCCUUGUGAUUUCUGACUGCCCAGGAGACAUGUCAAAGCUACUGGAAAUUUUGGCUCGGGAAGAAGCAAGAGUUUUGGAUAUCAAACAAGAACGCACAUUUGUGACGUCUGAGCUCUUCACUGUUGAGGUCAUCUGCACUGUAGAGACCAGAGACAAGAUCCACACAGCCCAGCUGAGGAAUGCGCUCCUGGAACGCUACCCCACAACUACCUGGACUCAGCGGUGAUGGGCACAGCCCAAGGGAAGGGACCGGGGUCCUCUGACAAGUAUUUUACAGAGCCCUAAUCUUGAGGCUUUCAGAACACAUGUUAUCUUUCAAAGCUGAACAGUUAGCAAAUAGUUUCAGGAUAUUUAUUUCCUGCUCAAAAGGUAGUGAAUGUCUUUGGGAAAAAAAGUUAAAUGCAAGACUUUAGCUUAGCUAAGGGAAACUUCUAGUCUCUGCUGGUGUUGGAAUUCAAUAAUUCUUUAUCAGCUGGCUGGCUGGAUUUUGGCUAGUGUGUAGAAUCCAAUGAUACUCAGUAAAUAAACAGGGAGAAGGCAUUUCUCUUUACAUCUGAAUAUAGAUCUCUCAAAGGUCUUCUGAUUUUGAUGCUCCUAGUUAAAGUAAUACAGCUCCUUCUGCUGGACUUUGCCAUACUGCUAGUACAGAAAUUUUCUGUUUCCAAGCCAGAAGCAGUUUUCCAUUUGAUGAAUCUGCUUCAGGAGGUAUAUACAUGUGUGUUUGAACACAAUUCUGUUCUAUCUUUGCUAUCAUGUGAGGAAAAAUUAUGCUAAUAAAAUGUGAUUUAAACAAAAGCAAAAAAACUCAUUGGAAGAUAAAAGCCAAUAUUGUAUUUUUUUUUCCCAAGGGAAAAUGAUCCAAAUUACAAAAUAAGAUUCCAAAAUAUGUUGCAGAAAUAAAAAAAAAAAAAAAGUGUUCUGAAUACAAUUAGACCUGAUACACAGAACACAAAUGUAAUUCUCUCCUCAAUUUUUGGAGACUCGGUAUAAAAAGUAGCAUAUAAAAUGGCUUGUGUUUCUAUAUAAAAAGGGAUCUCUCCACCCAUGUGAAUUUUGUAACUAGCAUUCUACUGAUCAUCUUAGUCCGUCUAAAACAGACUCUAUCCAUCUCACCUGAUGGAUUAAGUACACAGUUAAGAGUGAAAUAUAUUUAAAGACCACAUGUUAAUAGCCAGAGGCAGUGCUGGGAAAAGAGGAAGCCUAAGUCUUAGGCACAUGGCUAAUACAAUUAACAAAGAACACAUUGACCUAAAUACCAUUUCAUCACUACAGGCAGAGACCUACUGAUAAUAUAACAGAGUGGGGUGGUAAGAAAUGUAACAGAAAUUCAGGCUCACUCCCAAUUGUGUGUACAAUGGUUGCUUUUCCAUUUGGGCAAAAUUUUAUUUAAGCCCAGCUACAACAGAGCAAAUAUGCUGAAUUUAAUUGGGAUUUACCAAAAUUUUGGGUAUAGGUAUUUUAAUGAGAGAUCUUAAUCCUGCUUCUAGCAUCAAGUUUAUAAAUAGGUAUAUAAAAUAAAUAUUAUGUAUUUAGCAGUGCCCUAGCAAAAGCUCAGGGGAAAAUCCAGCAGAGUGAGCAUCCUCACAGGCUGCAGGGGAUCAAUACUCUGUUCCUUCUUAUUGUGGCUCAUGAAGAAGCAGGAGUAUAGAGUCUCACAGUGGUGGACAAAAAAUAGAAGUUCACUGAUUUGGUCUGGAUUUGGAAGAACCAUAUUGGUUUGCACAUGAAACUGAAAAGUAUUGAUGCCCCAAAGGUUAGUUUUGUUCCCUUCUUGCCAUCCAGUAUGAUGGGUAUAGGCUUUGGUCCUGCAAAUCAAAGCCUGUCAGACACAGCUCCUCUCUUCAUGGUCAGAAGAGUUUAAGAAAUCUGUAUGGAAAUAGAUGACAGACUAUAUAUUACAUAAUUGCUACUUCCAUUGAAACAAGCAACGAACAACAUCAUCAAAAAUGUAAAAUCACUAUAAAUAAGGGUAUAAUUACCCCCUCAUGUCUUUUGCAAAAGUCUCGGGAAAUUUUGAGGAUGUCUCAGGUAUCCACAUGAGAAGAAAAUGGGACUUAAUAACCAAUGUUCUCAGUAGUGACUUCUGCUGUCUGAGUACUUGGUUUAUGGUCUUGUAUUAUCCUGGACUCUUUUUUAGAAGCUCAGAGCAUUAACGACUUCCUUUCUAAUCAGUCUUCACAAAACUGGGGCGAGAAGAUGUAGCAGACAGAGGAACCAAAAAUUGAUGCGCUUGAAAUCACCACAGGAUUUUGAAAGUGUGUUGGGGGGUUGGAAGAAAGGAAAGUGAUGUCUAGAAGCUACUUAAAAUGUCAAACUUGAUAUGUGCAGUUUGGUUUUAUUUUUAUUGUUUUAAGCAUGAACAUACAUAAAAGUCUAAAUCACUCUCCAGUGAUAAACACUUUAUAUGUGAAUAUAAUGAAACAGAAUUGAUUAUCAUUCUGUAUUGCCUUUAUUCAAGUCCAUUGGCUUCAAAGAUAAAAUUAAUAUCUUCCAAGGGGAAAAAAAUAUCAAAAUUAAACGUUUAAAGGAACGUAUGCAAUUGGAAAGAGUAACGAAAUAGCUGUGCUACUAACCUUUUUGCAUUAUAAAAUAUAAUAAGAUCUGUGGCAUUUCAAAGAUCUAAUAAUGUGUUUUUGAAUGUUUUAUUUAAAGAAUUUUUAUAGAAUGUUCUUAUGUACCUUGAAAAAAUAACUUUAAUGGCUAUGUAAACAUUUCUCAAAUUAUUAAAUCAGCAAAACAUAAAUAUAAGCAUUGUAUUUAUUCGAAAAAUAAUUAAAAUUGUGCUCUGCCACCUCAGCAAGGAAA